AUGAUAUUUAUGAUAUAUAAACUUAAAUGUUCUCAACCAGUUUCGUGUAAGAUUUUAUUGAAAAUGGUCGACUGCGAAAAUCAGACUUUAGACAAAUUAGUGCAACAAACUACAACUGAAAAUUUAAGUGAACAAAAUAAUAAUGAAGGAGUUAAACCGAAAUCAGAUACUCUGUUUCUUUAUUUUACUGCAUUUACAGCUAUAAUAGUGGUGGUUGGAGGCUCCUGCCAUCUCGUUUGGUUAAGUCCAGUGGUACCCAAACUUCAAUCAAAUGAUACAGACAUCAAUCCAUUAAGUCGGCCUGUAACUACAAUAGAGACAUCAUUGCUAGCAGGAUUCCCAUAUUUAGUGGGUUUACUCGGAUCUAUAUUCGUAGGAAAGUUAAGUGAUAUUAUAGGAAGAAAAAGAACCAUGUUAUACGUAGCUGUGCUAAUACUAAUUAGCAAUAUAAUAAUUGCUUUAAGUAGCGAUGUAUACGUUUACAUUUUCGCUAGGUGUAUAAUUUUUGUAAUGUUUUCAGCAUGUUUAGUAUUAGUGCCAAUGUAUCUUCUUGAGAUUUGCGAAGACCACAACAGAGCUAAAUUUGGUAGCUUAAUGGGACUAGCUAUGCCCAUCGGAAAUUUAUACACUUACGUUUUUGGAUCAUUAGUAUCGAGUGUACAACUUUUAACUUUCUUGUGCGGAUUGCCAAUAAUACCCUUUUUAAUAAUUUUUUCAUUAUUUGCACCAGAGUCACCUGUUUACCUAGCCUCUAAAGGUAAAUUAACAUUAGCUAUGCAAGCUUUAGAAAAGCUCAGAAAAAACAAAAGUCCUCAAGAGAUAGAAAAAGAAUGUGAAAAAAUACAUAAAUCUAUAAAAGUAAAGCUUACUGAAGAAAGGGUAGGAUUAGGUACACUAUUUCGACAUAGAGUUUCCAGAAAAACGCUGUUCCUAGCUCUGAUUCCUAUUGUGGUGCAACAUUUGUCUGGAGUUACUGUUAUUAUGCAAUUUCUAGCUCCUAUUUUCAAUGAAGCUGAUACAUAUCUAUCGGGCAAUACUAUUUCAAUAAUAGCAGGAAUAAUUAAAAUGACAAUAAUUUUAACUACAGCUAUGAAAGUUGAGCGAUUUGGAAGAAGACCGCUGUUAAUUAUGUCUACGUUUGGUUCUGGAAUUGCACUAUUUUUCAUGGGUCUAUUUUUUUAUUGGAAACAUUUCAAUUGGAUUUAUAUAGAUAAAGUAAUGUGGUUACCGAUAUUAUGUCUAAUAUGCAAUUUGAUAAUGUAUUCAAUAGGUAUGGGUCCUAUUUCUUUGGCUGUUGUAACUGAAUUGUUUCCAGGGCAUACUAGAGCUAUAGGUAUGUCUUUCGUAGUAACUUUAAGCCAAAUUACUAUUUUCUUACUUAAUUUUUUGUUUCCAAUCAUUGUCGCCGAAUUUGGGAUAUAUUGCUGUGUUUGGUUUUUCAGUUUUUGCUGCUUCAUUGGAUCUUAUUUUAUUUACCGAUUUAUACCGGAAACUAGAGGAAAAAGUAUUGUUGAAAUUCAAGAAAUUAUUGAAAACAUUUAAAUUACACUUUAUUUACAUAUUAAAGAUUUUAUAAUGCUAUUAUUAAAAUGAGUGCAUUCAUUAUAUGAAAUUUAAGCCAUACAUUUGUUAUGCAAAUACAAAAACCUGUUUAUAUUCAGUUAAUAUACUGGAUGUAUUACUAUUCGUCGUGUAGACCUUUAUUGGAUUCAUUGACGUUUAUAAAGUGAUUUAUUUUUUUUAAUAGGUUAUACAUUUCCAUAAAACAAAUAUUUUCGAAAGACGCUAAAUUGGUGGUUCCUACUUUAUCAAGACUGAGGCGUCCCACCACGGGCAAACUCGUAGCAUAAAAGAAAGGAGAAACGAUUUGAUUUUUAAUGAAAUACAGACAUACGAUGAUAAUUAUUAAGACGUUGAAUUUUCGUGUUUUUACAUUACUAGACCUGUUUGAAUAAUUUACUUAUACUUAUUUGGUCACUUUAAUCCUUAAUCCGUGUACAAAAAUAUAGCACUUUUGCUCCUUAAGGCUGCCUUUUGUCUUUUAAGCCUACUCAUGUAAAUAUAUUUAGGCCCUUCUCCUCUUAAGUUUGUGUGUAUAAAAUUAUUUGGUCCUUUUAACCCUUACAUGUAAUAUUAUUUGGCAUAUUUACACAUGUACAAAUAUUUGGCUCCUGUAUCCAUUAAGCCUCCCACAUCAAAAUAUGAGGCUCAUUUACCACUUACAGCGGUCUUUGUAAAAAUAUUUAAAUCAUUUACCCCUUAAGCCUGUUAUGUAAAAACAUUUAGACUCUUUACUCCUCAAGCUUACCCAUAUAAAACUAUUUGCAUCCUUUAAC